UUAUUACCCGGAUCCGGAUCUCGGGACAAGGAAGUGCUGCUGUUUUUGUGGUUUUGGAAAAUUUGAGCUGACAGUUGGUGAUUGAGAAGAUGAAUGGUUGUAUUGCUGGUUGUGGUUCGAAUACUGUGCGUUUGGACUCAGUUGGUUAGCAAGAGUGGACCCGAAAGAAAUUCGGGUUGGAGUUGACGCGAGGCAGUGGAUGCCUUCUUUUUUUUGUUCUUACAACUGAGAGAGGAUCAGAGUAUGGAGAAUGAUGAAUUUCCGACAGAGGAUGGGAUGGAUCGGUGUGGGGCUGUAUCUUCUUGGAAGUGCAGCUGCAGUGUAUUAUGUCUUUGAGAUAAAUGAGACCUACAACAGACUUUCCCUGGAACAUAUCCAGCAGCAUACCCAAGAAACUCCAGAAGGGACCUCAUGGACGCACACUCUCAAAACAAGGCUGCUCUCUCUUCCAUUUUGGUUGUGGCUAAUACUUUUUCUAAUCCCGUAUUUGCAGGUUUUCUUAUUUCUGUAUUCCUGCACAAGGGCGGACCCCAAAACAGUGGGAUAUUGUAUCAUUCCUAUAUGCCUGGCAGUAAUCUGUAAUCGCCACCAGACGUUUGUCAAAGCUUCCAAUCAGAUUAGCAGAUUGCAGUUGAUUGACACAUAAGACCACUAGUUUUGGACACAAUGGAAAAUGUAAUACACCAUCUCUUAAAACCUGGCAUAAAUCGCCCUCAAAUCUGCAGGACAGCAGGAAAAUUAAGUGGUUGACAUUUGAUCACCAAUUAUAUCUCUGAGGUGACUUGUUUUUCCUGGAGAAAAUAAGCAAAUAAGUGUUAGAAUCUCAAAGCCCAUAAUUUUAACAUGGACACACAAUUAUUGAAGUGUCUUGCUUCAAGAUUUGCACUGUUUUCUUGCUGUAAGCUGUCCACUUUUUAUGCAUAAAAGUUAAACUUCAGAUGUAAAUAUGGCUAGUCUUUCUUUUCAUAAGAUCAGUAGCAUUUCUGUACAGUUAUAAUUAUUUUUCAAAUAUAGUUUUUUUUUUUUUCUGUGACUGCGGCAUAGCUCCUUAGUUCCAAAUGUCAAGAAGACAUGUCUUAAGUCAAAUUUUUGUUUGCCUUUUCUGUUUUGAUUCAUUGUGAUUUGCUCAAAAUGAAGGAAACCUAACUUAAUAAGGGGUCAGAGUGGCUAAUAUAACUAAAAGGCAUGUGGGUCUUGCCUCUUUUUUUAUGAUUUAUUGCUAACUAUAAAAACAUUUUGUGUUUCAUGGUAUUUGUUUGUUUUUAAGUGUUGUAGAACUAACAGAUGGUGGUGAAUAUUUGAAGGUGAUCAGAUGAAAAUGGUUGUUUUAAUUAUGGCAGCAGACAGAGUAGGAAGAUAAGAGUCAUGCAUAUUAUAUACCAAAAUGGGAUAGUUUUUAUUGACCAUGUCAGUAAUAUAGAGUUAAUUAGAAAAUCAUGUGUGCAGACUUGCUGUACAGAAAAUGGCAGUAUUACUUGGUAGAAAUUGUAUAGCUUCCUGAUUACAGAUGUAGACCUGAAAAUCCUGAAAUGAGUCAGUUUUUUUACAUGUUACUUUAAGGGCAAGUUUUCCAGUCUGAAUAACAUUUACCAGAAGUGCCUUUACUUCAUAGGAAGCUUCUCAAUUUUUUACACCUUUUAAUCCCCAGAUGAAGUAUUUGCGAUUAUAUUUGCAUGCCAUUCCCGAGUGAAGUCAGAUGUUGAUGUCUGAGUUCACUGGCCAUGACUUGUCAGAGUGUAAAACUAAUGGGCACCAAAACCCAUUUUGUUUUUGGACCAAUCAUUUGCUACAGAUAAAUAUGGGAGAUUGAUUAUGGGGAGCAGUAUCUCAUGAGGUGAGAAGCUCCCAAGUAAAUGAUUUUACAGCAGUUCACAUUUGUGAAAGGUAUGUUAAACCAAGGUGAAAUGCAGUAUGUUAUACUUCAGUAUUGUGUUGCCAGUUGUUAAAGAAGUUUUUAUUUUUUUAAUGUAAAUGUUAAACUUUGCACAAGGGUGUACCAAAGAGGAACUGUACCUGUCUCCAGAUAAAUUAUUAAAUCACACUUAAUACUGCAGGCCGUAGCAGACCAGUUGUGCAUUAUGUACCACUUUUUCUGUUGAAGUGCAUCACCCCCUUCUCUAAAUUGUGUGAUAGUCAGUGCUCUGAAAUGACAACAUUUUAGCCAUACAUUGUUGCAUAACUGAAACAGGAGUACAACAGAAAUGUAUUUCCAGACCGCUAGCCUGGUGUGUUUACAUAGUGUAUAAACAUUUCUGUGAUGCUUGCUUUUCUGGACACUUUGGUAUACUGUACAACAUUGUUCUUUCUGUAACUCAAACAGAAUCCUUGUUUUUUUUAAUAGUGGUUUUUAAUUAGAUGUGAUGAGCACCCAUUUUUAUUUUUUCUGGGGAUUAGUGGCACUAGAGUGGGGUCAGAUGUAACCCAGAAUCUGGAUGAAGGUUUUAAAUUGUAAAUGCAUCGAAACUUGGUGUGCCUUUCCUACCUGCAGACUUAAAUUGACAUUUUUUACACAUGGAAACCUUAAAAGAUUGUUUCCCAUUUCCAUUCUGCUUUAAAAACAAAAUAACUUUUGCACUCAUACAGAAUGCAUGUUCUCUGUAUCUGUAGCCAUCUAAUCCUUUCUAUUGGUUUAGGGUAUAGACCUAUAUUCUAAACAGGUAGACAUGUAGGGUUUUAGCCUGUGAGAUGUAGGCAGCUAAGGUUUAUUGACUUGUUAAGCUGGCACUUUAUUGAUGAGAAAUAGUUAAUCAUUGGAUGCAUUUUUUUUGUCUGAUUCUCCCGAUAUAAAAUGCAUCCUUUUAGUACUUGGAAUUUUAUCACAUCCUGACUUCUUUUAAAACAUGUUUACUGCACACACUCAAGACUGUGUAAACGGUGUUUUUAGUGUUAACAUUUUAACCAUUUUUCCAGGGUACAGUAUGGCAGAAUUGUUCUGUGGCAGUAUGUUGGCAUUUGUACUAUUUUGCAUUAUGUGUUUAUAGCUGUUAUUUCACUGCUCUCCCUCAAUGUGAAAUUAAUGUUAAUGUCGCUGUAAAAAUUAAAUACUUUUAGUUACUGCAUAGUAUUCUGUGGACUGCUAAAGGUAUAUUGCCUUCGCCACUCUGACAGUAUUUCUUCUCCAGGAAAGCUGGGGAUUCCCAAUUUCCAGCCUUUGCAGUGUGAAUGUUUUUGUAUUUCCCAGAACAGAUUGCUAAAAUUUGCUACAAUGUUCUAACAUUUUCAUACAGAAGUGUGUUAAAAUAAUACAGUCCCAUACAUUAAAAUUGACAAUUCA